AUGGAUGUCUAUGUCGGAAACACCAUCUAUCGCGAUUCGCCCUUUGUGGUCAUGCCCCUUGGCCCAGCCAACCGCAUGAUCCUUGGCCUCCCCUUUCAUCUUCAGCAUCGGUUACUUGCAGGCGCGUCUGGGUUGGAGGCGUUGUUGGAAGAAGGAAGAGCGACGAGACGAAGAGAGCAGGACGGCGAAGUGGUGGUCGGAUCUGGCUUGGCGCGUAUCAGCGAGGUGUCUUUAGAGUUGGCCUCAGAGCUGGUGACCCGACGCAAGGAACUCACUGCUCAACUGCUCACGGACUUUGCCGACAUCCUCCCUCCCCAGUUGACCGAUGUGGCCAGCUAUCCCAAGCCCGCCCCGUCUGUAUCCCAAGUUCGCCAUCACAUAAACGUUCUUCCCAACACCAAACCUGUUGCUCGACCCUACUACCGUCUCCCCCUUGUGUUCGGCAGUGCCUUCAAGGCCGAGAUUGACAAGCAUGUAGACGCUGGCCGUCUGCGCACCUCCAGCUCGCCGUGGGCUGCCCCGGCGUUUCUGAUUCAAAAAGAGAAUGGGAAGUUGUAA